UUUCUCCAUCCAAGAGUGAGAAACAGGGGGGAGGCUAGCUCCUGCGCCCCCUUUUCCUCUUUCUCUCUCUUAUUUCUCUCUCCUCCCUCCCGUUCUUCAAAAGUCUAUUCUGACCAUCACUACCCCCACCACACCCCCCCUCUUUCUUCCCUUCUUCCUUCUAUCUGCUCCAAACUUUCCUCUCAUUCUUAAUCUCAUUGCAUUUCUGUCUUCUUCUCUCUCUAUUUAUAUAUAUAUAUAUAUAUAUAUACACACACACACACAUAUGAUUCAUUGCUAGUAUUACCCAUUGAAUUGUCUAAUGAUUUUGAUCUCUCCAAACCUCUGAAAAUUCUUUGCUCUGCAAACAAUCAUGGGCAGCUGUUUUUCAACGACCAAGGUAAGUGGCUCUAACAGCAACAACACCGCCACGGCCACCGCCACCGCCACCGUCGUGACCGUCAAUAACAACCGCAAACAGAGCACCAACCCAUCAUCAACAGCAAUUACGAACAGGAAACAAGAGAGUCAACAACAGGAAACGCAAGAGGGUAACAGAAAUCGUCAACAACAACAACAACAGAAGAAAGACAAGGCGAAUUCGAAGCAAAAAGGUGGGGUCCUUCCAUGCGGGAAGCGAACCGAUUUUGGGUACGCGAAAGAUUUCGACAAAAGGUACACGAUUGGGAAAUUGUUGGGCCACGGCCAAUUUGGGUAUACCUAUGUUGCCGCCGAUAAGUCUAAUGGAGAUCGUGUCGCUGUAAAGAAAAUUGAGAAGAAUAAGAUGGUUCUUCCUAUUGCUGUUGAGGAUGUUAAACGAGAGGUAAAGAUAUUGCAAGCCUUAACUGGCCAUGAGAAUGUGGUUCAGUUCUAUAAUGCCUUUGAGGACGAAUCUUAUGUCUAUAUCGUUAUGGAGUUAUGCGAGGGUGGUGAAUUGCUGGAUAGGAUUUUGGCCAAAAAGGACAGCCGUUAUACCGAGAAAGAUGCUGCAAUAAUUGUGCGGCAGAUGCUUAAAGUUGCAGCUGAGUGCCAUUUACAUGGUUUAGUGCAUCGUGACAUGAAACCGGAGAAUUUUCUUUUCAAGUCCAAAAAAGUGGAUUCACCUUUGAAGGCUACCGAUUUUGGUCUGUCAGAUUUUAUAAGACCAGGGAAGAAGUUUCAAGAUAUUGUUGGCAGUGCCUACUAUGUUGCUCCUGAAGUACUGAAACGUAAAUCAGGUCCUGAAUCAGAUGUCUGGAGUAUUGGUGUAAUUACCUACAUUUUGCUCUGUGGCAGGCGCCCCUUUUGGGAUAAAACAGAGGAUGGUAUAUUCAAGGAGGUUUUAAAGAACAAGCCUGAUUUUCGUCGCAAACCAUGGCCAAGCAUAAGCAACAGUGCUAAAGAUUUUGUAAAAAAAAUACUUGUGAAGGAUCCGCGUGCUAGACUUACUGCUGCUCAGGCCCUAUCACAUCCAUGGGUUAGAGAAGGGGGAGAUGCCUCAGAGAUUCCUCUAGAUAUUUCAAUCCUAAACAAUAUGCGGCAAUUUGUGAAGUACAGUCGUCUGAAACAGUUCGCUCUCAGAGCAUUGGCAAGCACACUUGAUGAAGAGGAACUGGCUGAUCUCAAAGAUCAGUUUCAUGCAAUUGAUGUGGAUAAAAAUGGUGCCAUUAGUCUUGAAGAAAUGAGGCAGGCCCUUGCUAAAGAUCUUCCUUGGAAGUUGAAAGAUUCACGUGUUUUGGAGAUUCUUCAAGCGAUCGAUAUCAACACUGAUGGACUUGUCGAUUUCACGGAGUUUGUUGCAGCCACUCUGCAUGUCCAUCAAAUGGAGGAACAUAACUCAGAAAAGUGGCAGCAGAGAUCACAGGCUGCUUUUGAGAAAUUUGAUGUGGAUAAAGAUGGAUAUAUAACCCCAGAAGAACUAAAAAUGCACACAUGCUUAAAGGGCUCUGUAGACCCACUUCUUGAGGAAGCAGAUAUUGACAAAGACGGUAAGAUAAGCCUAUCAGAGUUUCGUAGACUUUUACGUACUGCAAGCAUGAGUUCACGAAAUGUGACCAGCCCACGUGUUCUGCGAAAAUUUUCGAAAGUGUAGAUCAGAAUGUUGUCCAGAAUUUGAGAGGGAAGAGAGACGGAAUGAGAAGUAGAGCUCAUUUUUUCAAAUAAAAAGAAAAAAAAAUCUAUUUGAAGAUCCUCCUCACAAAUGGGCUCUCAUCUGCUUCUGUUUCUACUGCCAUUUUUGUGGAUAUUGUUAGAAAAUUGAAGCGCUUAGUGACAGGAAUUGAAAUAGAGGCUUAUGAGGACGUCUUGCCGAGAGGUGUUUGAUGUAGAGUUGCUUUGGCCCUGAGCCGGAACUGGAACUGGCUGCAGAUAACAUGGUCAUGCUAGUAGUGUACAUGUUUUUUUUUUUUUUAAUAGGGGUUUUCUCUGAUUGUUCCCUACAAAUUGUAACGUGUGACAUAAAUAAAUUAUCAAUGAAAAUCUCUUGUAAUGGAAUUCUUUUA